UUGCUUUCUCGCCCUCUCUCCACACACACAAAAUACAUACAAGCACACGCAGAGAGAAAAGUAAAUAAGCUGUGUUGAAAGUUCUUUGACGGCCAUUAUUCAACAUUUCAACCGCAGUCGGCGUUGCCUCGCUGACGUUUACGUUUUUAGAUAUAUAGAUUACUUAAUAACAAUUCUAUACCUCGUUUGUGUGUCGGCACCUCGUACCUUCAGCGGCUAUGCCAAUGCUAAAAGAUGAUGAACAAGAGAAGCGCAAGCACAAGAGAAUGUCCGUCGGAAUUGUGUGGAAUUGCGCAGCUGAGCUCAAACUCCUUCUCACGGUGCUCCUCUUCCUUUGCUCCGUCGCCGUCAUCCUCCAGUUUCUCCCUCCCCGCUUCUCUCUCUCCCCCGCCGACAUCCGCCACUGCCUCACCGCCACCCCCUCUCACCCUAACAAUAACAAUAAUAAUGAUAACGAUACUUCGUCUAACGAUGCGCACCACCGCCAUUUCUUCCGGCAAAGCAGAGAUGAGGUGUCAGAGGAUGGCCGGGUGCUGAAGCGGGCGUUCAACCCCUACGGCUCCGCCGCUUACAACUUCAUACUGAUGUCGGCGUACCGCGGCGGCCCCAACACCUUCGCCGUCGUCGGCCUCUCUUCCAAACCUCUCCACCUCUACGGCAACCCCACCUACCGAUGCCUCUGGCUGGGCCCCCGUAGUAACCCCAUCUCCACUCCCGGCCGCAAGAUCCUUCCCGAUUGGGGCUACGGCCGCGUCUACACGGUCGUCGUCGUCAACUGCACUUUCCCCACCGGCGUCGGCGCAGACGGCCAAGGUGGCCAGCUGCUUCUCGAGGCCGCCGUCAAUGGCGGAGGCGACCGCACCCUCCUCAACAUCACCGACACCAUUCCUGCCUUGGACGAAAGCCCACAAGACUACGCCAACUUCACGGCCCAAUUCACAUCCCCCCAGCCCACUUACGAUUAUCUGUAUUGUGGGUCGUCCCUGUACGGGAACCUGAGUCCUCAGAGGGUGCGGGAAUGGGUUGCCUAUCACGUGAGGCUGCUGGGCCCCAGAUCCCAUUUCGUGAUACACGAUGCAGGCGGCGUGCACCAGGGGCUGAGGCAAGUUUUGAGGCCGUGGAUGAACAAAGGCUUCGUCACUCUACACGAUGUGAGGGAGCAGGAAAGGUUUGAUGGUUACUAUCAUAACCAGUUCCUCAUAGUGAACGACUGUUUGCACAGGUACAGGUUUUCAGCCAAAUGGAUGUUCUUCUUUGAUGUGGAUGAAUUCAUAUACGUUCCGCCUAAAAGCACAAUCAAGUCCGUCUUGGAUUCCCUCUCUGAUUUCACUCAGUUCACCAUUGAGCAGAUGCCAAUGUCCAACAACCUCUGCCUUUCCCAGGAUGCUCCCAUGCCUUUCAGGAAGUGGGGAUUCGAGAAGCUAGUGUACAGAAAUGUGAGGAGAGGCAUUCGUAGGGACCGAAAAUACGCUGUGCAGCCACGAAGUGUGUUUGCAACUGGAGUUCACAUGUCGCAGAACAUAGCGGGAAAGUCAACGCACAAGACUGAUGGGCGCAUAAAGUACUUCCAUUAUCAUGGGACAGUGGCCGAGCGGCGUGAACCGUGCCGCCACUUUCUCAAUUCCACAGCAGUCACGGUUGAUGGGAUUCCUUACGUUGUGGAUACCACAAUGAGAGAUUUUGCAGCUUCUGUAAAGAGAUACGAGCUCAAGAUGAUUGGCUCCACAUUGCAGAGAACUCAGCAAUGAAUGACAUUUCUUGGUUCUAUUUCUCCUUGUAGGAAGACAAUAUUGAAUUUAUUUUCUGUAUGAUAGUUGUUUUUUUCCAGUACACAGUAUACAAAGGUUAGCUUUAGAAGAUAUGCUAUAUUUUGUUUCAAGUAGAGAAAAAAAUAUGUAUUCCUGUGUACAUCCAUAUAUGAACUUGGCUGUUUUGGGCUAAUCCAAUUUCCAGAUUCCACAAAUGAGAGAAAGAAAGGUUGAUGGAAGUUACUGACUUUUG